GCUGCUCUCUGCGAGAUCAUCUGCAGCAACAAAUCGGCUCUUCCAGCUGAAGACAAUCUGCUCCUUUCUGCGGUGUGGUAGGUGGGGCCAUGGAGGUGUCGUCUCACAGCCUCUUCCUGCUGCAGCAGCUCAACGUGCAGAGAGAGUUCGGCUUCCUGUGUGACUGCACCGUCGCCAUCGGAAACGUCUACUUCAAAGCUCACCGAGCCGUGCUGGCCGCCUUCUCCAACUACUUCAAGAUGAUCUUCAUCCACCAGUCCAGUGAGUGUAUAAAGAUCCAGCCCACAGACAUCCAGCCGGACGUCUUCAGCUACCUGCUCCACAUCAUGUAUACCGGCAUGUGUCCCAAACAGCCUGUGGACCAGAGCCGGCUGCAGGACGGGAUCAAGUUUCUCCACGCCUACCAGCUGUGCCGCAAACCUGGCGAGGUCACCACGGAAGCCACUGCUGAUGUGGUCCGUAUGUCCAACCUGUACGGCAUCCAGAUCUCCUCCCAGCUGGCCAACAAGGACCCCUCAGGAGUCCCAAAGUCCACCUCUGUGUCCCGCAGCGCCCCUGAAGACGGGCGCUCCUCUGGCCGUGGGGGUCGGUCCCUGGCUGUGGGACUGGAGGGGGUCCCAUCAGACCACCAGGCCUCUGCUCUCCGGAACGUCUGCUCUGUGGCGUCCGGAGAUGACUCGGACAUCUCGACUCGCAUCAAGCAGGAGCGUUUGGAGGAGGAGGAGGUGGAGGAUGGUGAGGGGGAGGAAGGUCAUGGAGCUGGGUCUCCAUCGCCGGCUCAGGGCAGCAGUCCCAGUCAGGGCUUGUUGUUCAAAGACCGACCACUGGUCCUGCUCUGCCCACGCUGUGGAGAGCGUUGUUCCUCCCCAGAGGGCCUGCGAGAGCACCUGUUUAGCCACGCCCUCGACCCCACUCGCUUGAUGGAGGGGCUGUCGCAGGGUGGUGAACUGGAUGCUGGCGUGGAGGAGGGGGCUCCGGGGUCCCAAGAGCAGUUAGACGCAGGAUGCCUUGAGGAGGCGCUGAGACAGAGCCAGGCACUCGCAAACCAGCUGGCUGCAGAGUUGAGGAGGAGCAGGGGGGGUGGAGGUGGAGGAGGAGGGAGCAGCCCCACCCCCGCCGUGCUGCACUCUCGUAAACGGAAGAUCGCGUGCGCCGUGUGCAGCCUGCGCUUCUCCCACAAAAGCCAGCUGCAGGAGCACAUGUACACGCACACAGGGAAACCAUCACGCUACCACCGCUACAACCGCCUCUGCAGCCAGCUCUUUCAGGCCUCCGCCCACUUCUGUGAGGCCACGGCGGAGCCUGGGGGAGGAGGAGGAGGGGGAGCUGGGGGCGGGGCUUCAGCUGGCACUGCCAUGCUCUCUGAGGAGCCAAACAGGGACACUCAGGACAACGGCAGCUCCUGCUACUCUCUGGACUCUGAGAUCUCCCAGGAGAGCGUGGAGGGCGUGCCUGUAGAGUGACAUCAUCAGAGGAGUGAUGUCGUCAGAGGGAUGACGUCAUCAGAGGAGUCUGACUCAUAGAUAUAAUGCUGCGUUCGAUUGUACUUGGAACUCGGAAAGAUCUGAGUCGGAAAUUCCGGCUUCCGAGGUAAAUGUGUUUCAACUCUGUUUACCUCUCACGGUGUGCAACGCCAUUUUGCUAUCACGUUAUUCCGACUGGAGGUCGGAUUUAUCCGAGUUCCGAGUAUAAUGGAACGCAGCAUAAACACAUAAAUGCUGCCUUUGGGUUUCUGACGUGGCUACACAGCUGCCAUCUUGGAGAGGGGUAGGCAUGGUUGAUUAUCACUCAAAUUGUAUUUAUUUUUUAAAAUUUAUUUAACCAGGAAAACAGUAAAAGUAGUUGUCCCAUUUCAGUGCCAAUCACCCAAUAAAUGUCUUUUUUAAUA